AUGGGUACUCCACUUGUUGGUACCGCUAUUAUCACCGGCGCGAAUGGAUUGCUCGGGUCGGAGAUAGCUGUCUCGAUUGCCAAAGCGCAGCCUUUUGUUCACUUGCUGCUAGUGGCCCGCGAUAUCAGAUCCGACAGCGUCAAGGAUGUGACGGACAGGAUCCGUCUCAUUGGACCCCGCUCCGUCGAGGUGGUUAAGGCAGACCUGGCCUGCUUCAAUUCCGUCGUGAGCUUUUCCCAAUACACCGUCGAGAGGGUGCGAAGUAAAGAGAUCCCUCCCGUGAUCUUGUUGAUCAACUCCGCCGCAACUUCGUCAUACGUUACCGAUCAAGUCACACGAGAUGGGUACGAUCCCGUCUACCAGACCAACUGCAUCGCGCCGUUCCUGUUGACCGUGAGCCUGCUCGAGGCCUUCCGCGCAGGCGACGGUACACCGAACGGCGGAGCUCGAGUAAUCAAUAUCGGGUGCUCCUCCAUAUCCAAGGGAUCCCUGGACUAUUUUGACGGCGAAGACCCGGAGAGUGCCACCCAGCCGCCAGGAACACCAAUUGGCGCCAAGGAAGCGACCAGUCGCUUCGGAAGUAGUAAGCUGCUAAUGAGCGCUGCCAUGUAUGCCCUGCGUCGAAGUCUGGUACUUACGGGCAACAUCUCGCUCAAUGUAUACACAAUGGAUCCCGGCGGCUUGACCGGAGAGAGCCACCUAACGACCGAUGCCCCGUUAUCGGUCCGAAUGGCACACCAGACGCGGUCUGGACUCCGGCCAUUCCUGCGGGUGUUUUCCAAGAGUGCGAUAAACAAGGCUAGCGUUCCAGCCAAAGUUAUUGCGAGAGUCGCAUUUCAGAAGGAGACGGUGGAGAACUGGGGAAGGGAACGAUAUUAUAUCUUGGAUAGCGAAUACGAGGCCGCAUCCGUCAUUCCGGCCUUGCGGGAUGUGCCGCGCAUGGAUGGGCUGCUGCAGAAGAUCAUGCGACAGAUCGAGAUAGGCGUCAAGGGCAUGGGCUCGCCUCAAUCAAGAGUAUCGCGGCUGACUGCGCGUUACUUUCAACCGCGCCCACAACCGGCUUUGCGACGUCGAAGACAGCUCCUUCAACGACUGUGUCUGAUUGCCGCCAUCUCAACGCUGCUGUUGAUCCUCAUUUUCCCUUCAUUUCGAGCGUUAUUCCUUCCCGCAGUCUCGCUUGGCCUUGUUUCCUCCGCGGAAGAUCUACAGUUAGAAACGGUUCGAUACUAUGAUUUGUCUAAGAUGCAGGGCAGUGGAAGUGGUUGGGAGCAUGGAGAACGGGUCCUCAUGUGCACGCCCUUGAGGGACGCCGCAUCUCAUCUGCCGAUGUUCUUUUCGCAUCUUCGCAACCUUACAUACCCUCAUAACCUGAUUGAUUUGGCAUUUUUGGUUUCGGAUUCCGAAGACGACACGAUGGAAAUGCUGUCAUCGAUGCUGGAUGAUCUGCAAAACGACGCCGAUCCGAAGAUGUCAUUUGGAGAGAUCUCGGUCAUCCAGAAGGAUUUUGGUCAACAGGUUCAACAAGAUGUGGAGAGUAGACACGGUUUUGCCGCCCAGGCAAGUCGCAGAAAGUUGAUGGCUCAGGCACGGAACUGGCUGCUUAGCGCGACUCUGCGUCCGACGCAUAGCUGGGUCUACUGGAGAGAUGCAGACGUCUUGACAGCUCCGACUACGAUUUUGGAGGACCUUAUGAGACAUGACAAGGAUGUUAUCGUUCCGAAUGUUUGGCGUCCCCUGCCGGAUUGGCUAGGUGGGGAACAACCGUACGAUUUGAACUCCUGGCAGGAAUCCGAAACCGCGCUGGCCCUUGCCGAAACUCUGGACGAGGAUGCAGUCAUUGUGGAGGGUUAUGCCGAGUAUGCAACGUGGAGACCUCACCUCGCAUAUCUGCGUGAUCCGUACGGGGACCCUGAUAUGGAGAUGGAGCUUGAUGGUGUGGGAGGCGUCAGUAUUCUGGCAAAGGCCCGUGUCUUCCGGGCCGGUGUCCAUUUCCCAGCCUUCAGUUUCGAGAAGCAUGCCGAGACUGAAGGUUUCGGAAAGAUGGCGAGACGGAUGGGAUUUUCGGUCAUUGGCCUCCCGCACUACACGAUUUGGCAUCUUUACGAGCCGAGUGUGGAUGACCUCCAGCAUAUGGAGGAAAUGGAGCAGGAGCGACUGGAACGUGAGAGAGAAGAACAAGAACAGGCUGAGCGUGCUGAGCGGGUUCAAACGCUGUUCAAGGACGCCAAGUCGCAGUGGGAGGACGAUACUGCGAAUAUACAAGAAGCCAUCGACAAGGAAGGGAAGAGCCAGGCGAGCGACUACUCGUCAUCGUCGGAUGUCGAUAGUACAAAAGGCAGCGCAGAAGGUCCCGUGGCCCAGCCCGCUGCGAAAGAGCAGGGAAGUGCCGCGAUCACACAGGAAGAGUCAACAAAAGAAAGAAAACAGGCGAAGCAAUAG